UGGCAAGUUUGCGGGGGAAUGACAGUUCGGCUGGCGCCAUGCAACCUAGCCUCAUCAUGCAGAGCGAGGACGCGGAAGCUCCUCCUUUGCCGCCCCCGGCGAGCCCGCCAGAGGAUGCCACGAGCUUCGCGAGCGCACCCUCGCGGCCGGCAUGGUUUCUGGUGCAGAGAACGCAUUGCGGCCUGAGUGCAGCGUUGACUUCCCACAAAUCACUGAGAUUUGUGAAAGGCUAGAGAUGCAGCCGCUGGAGACAAAGGCUACGGUGGCGGUGCUGGCAAAAGCCUUGAAAGACAGGAGGCAUCCACUUCGGGUGAAGCUGAAAGCAUUGACCAUUGCCAAUGAGAUGCUUUACAACCCACGCGCAGUCAAGGAGUUCUCGGAAGUCGAGAACCUGCAGGGUGCACUGGAGGUGCUGCGGCAGGCCCGCGGCGGAGAGCUGGGCCCGGCCAUGGAUGAGAACGUUCGCAUGCUGGCCACCGAGAUAGCGGUCAGAUGCUUCGAACGGCCUCCCAACGAACGGCCUUCCGAAGCCAACGGCUGGAAGUCUCUCACCAAGGCCAUGAGCGUGGACCUGGAAAAGGCGCGCAAGGGCGUGCACAAGAACUUCCAACAGUUCUCGCAAAACGCCGAGAAGCAGAUCGGGAAGGCUGAGCGUGCCUUUGAGAGGAGCGCCACUAUGUUUCUGCAGGAGGCAGAGAAUAUCUUCGUUGGGCCCAGCCCCAGCGGCCCCAGUGGGCUUGGCGAUCGCGACAGGGACGACCAAGGCUCGAGGCCGCAGCUCACCAAGGAGGAGGAGGAGCUUCAGUGGGCACUUCGAGCAUCGCUGGACGAAGCGAGGAGGAGUCAAGCAUCGGGAGACGGCCACUUCCUUGCCGAGCCAGCCGAAGCGCGACAAGGAGAACCGCAGGGCCCGCAGGACUCGCAGAGGCUCAGGGAGGCGAAGCGCCGCGCGCAGGCGCUGGAAGCACAGUUGGAGGCCAAGCUGUCAGAGGACGAGGAACAGGCAAAGCUUCACGCCAAGGUGGAGGCUGCGGUUCAGCUGGCGGAGCGCUUCGCCUUGCAGAUCUCAGAGGCGGAAGUUGAGCUGGGCGUUUGGCAGCAGCGCAGGAAGCACUUGGAGGAGGAGCUGGCAAGUUCGAAGUCUACAAAGGAGCUAAGAGAGCGGCUGGCAGGGCUUGAGGCCAAAGUCGCACUAAAGCAGUCCCAGGAGACACGAGAUGGGCUUGCAGAGGUCAAGGUUGGCAAGGCAGGGCCGGAACCGCAUGAAGAGGGACAGCAAGGGCCUCUCAAAGAUGGAGCCCAUGCUGAUUCCGACGCCUGCGGCACGUGCCCCGCAACCCAGCCCCCGAGUCCUGUGCCGCAUGAUGUGCCGGGCUCCUCGUCUUCCGAAGCAGCCAGAAGUGGUGCUGGUGAGGUGGCUUUGCCAGAUCCGUUGAUGCAGCCCAAAGAUGGUGAGCUCAAGGCGGAACUUGACACAAAAAUGGCCGAGCAGAAGGAGCGGGAAGUGAUAGAAGUGCAAAAGGGUCCAGCAGCGCAACAGGCGAACCCAACGUAUGCAGUCCCGGAAGUGGACGGCAAACAAGGGCCGACAGGGCAGGAACCGCCUGAAUUGCAGCCAGCAGAAGAGGAGGCAGAGCAGCAGCUAGAACCAUCAUCCUCUGACGGAACCCAUGCCGCGGAUUCCGAAGCCUUGGGCGGCAUCUUCCCCAUAGUCGACACCACCCAGCCCCCGGGCUCCGGUUCUGCGCGCGAUGCGUCGCCCUCCUCUUGCUCAUCUUCCGAAGCAGCAGGAAAUGCCAGGACGACUAGUGAGGCCAGGACGGGAAACUGGCUGAGGAUGUAGAAGGCACGGUGGAGAAGGACACAUCGGCAAGGCCAGAACCGCCUGCAGCGCAGCCAUCAGCGGAAGAGGCAGAGCAGCAGCCCGCACCAUCAUCCUCUGACGGAACCCAUGCUGCUGAUUCCCAAGCCGUGGGCGGCAUUUACCCCAUAGUCGACACCACCCAGCCCCCAGGCUCCGGUUCUGCGCGCGAUGCGUCGCCCUCCUCUUCCUCAUCUUCCGAAUCAGCAGGAAAUGCCAGGACGACUGGUGAGGCCAGGACGGGAAACUGGCUGAGGAUGUAGAAGGCACAGUGGAGAAGGACACAUCGGCAAGGCCAGGACCGCCUGAAGUGCAGCCAUCAGCGGAAGAGGCAGAGCAGCAGCCCGCACCAUCAUCCUCUGACGGAACCCAUGCUGCGGAUUCCGAAGCCGUGGGCGGCAUGUGCCCCAUAGUCAACACCACGCAGUCCCCGGGGUCCGCUCUAGCGCGCGAUGCGUCGCCCUCCUCGUGCCCAGCUUCCGAAGCAGCAGGAAGUGCCAGGACGACUGGUGAGGUUUGAGCGCUGCCUGUGAGAGAGGCGAUGCAGCUCAAGGCUCCCGCCAAAGGCGCGGAGCUUCGUGAGCUCUGUCGCUAUCUUCCACUGGACGCAUCAGCAGAUUCAUCUUUUUGCAGUCAGCGCAACCUGAUUCGUUCACGACAAGAGUCUCGGGCCAGCGCGCGCUGAGAGUGAGAGCUGCCGGAUUGUGCUGAGGACAUUGCUCAAGGAUCCUGAGGCACCCUGUGUCCAUCGCUCCUUUUUGUUUCU